UACAUCUAAUCACAACUAUACUUACACCCCAUAUAUUAAUAAUUUUUUUUCUAUUCUCCUGCCAACAUCUAUAUAUUGAUAAACUUUUUUCUCCUCUCUUACCAGCAUCUAGUUUCCAUCUUUCUAUUUAUCUAUCUAUUGUAUAACAACUUCAACUCCUCAAAUCGUGCCAUUCAUUUCGAUACCCACAUACCAUAAUUUUCUCUCUCUCUCUAGAAAAGGGGUAGAAGACAAUAGUUUCAAGUGGAAAGCAAUCAAAAACAAGUACUCUAAUGGCAGCCUCACAACCUACUUAUCCAACUUCCUAUCCUAACAGCCAAACAACCUCAAACGCACAUGCUUAUAGUUAUACUCACCAUCAACCCCCACAGCCUAAGUACAACCGAAACCUGCCAUUUGUACGCCGUCUGAUCUUGGCUCUGAUCUUACUAUUCGUUGCAAUCACUGCUGUUGGCUGGAUCACAUGGCUCAUUCUUCACCCUCAAGAACCCGUCUUCCACGUCGACUCACUCUCUGUAUCCAACUUCAACAUCUCCGACUUGCAGAAAAAUGCCCGAUACGAGGUCCAAUUGACCGUAACGAACCCGAACAAGAAGAUAAACCUGGAGUUCGAAACCUUCAGCGUCUCUGUGUUCUACAAGAGGAACCCGCUCUCAACGGGGUCAGUUCUUCGGCCUUUCGACGUGAGGAAGAUGAAUGAGACUGCAGUGAAAAUUGAGUUGGGUUCGAAACCGAACGAGAAUUGUCAGAUAAGGGGAAAAGGGACAGCCAUUGACAUGGCUAACAUGGGUAGAGAUUGGAAGCAGAGGGAGAUGAGUUUAAAUGUGGAAAUGGUGGGUUUGGCUGUGUAAGAAUUUAUGUAUUAU